AUGAGAACUCUCGAAUUAGUAGCUUUACCACCGUACCCGGCGUCUCUUGUUCCUUCUUUAAACUACUCCGCCGCACGGAACGUCGGAAAUGAUGUCAGAAUCGUCGGAAGUGACGUCACCACCAACUUCGAUGUUCAACUUUUCUUAAGGAAACCCAAACACCAAAAACCAGAACCCGUCGUCGUUUUUAAACCUCAGAUUCAGAUUGAUAAACAGGAAAAAUCAAGUCCUCGAUGUUCGGUUUCCGACAUUCUUCGAAUAAUGGAUUCUCUUUCCCUCCCUGUAAACGAAGAUCUAUACACUUGUCUUGCCAAAGAAUCAACUAGCGAUUGCGAUCAACGUGGAGCAUACGAGCUGCAAUUGCAUAUCAAGAACUCCAGAUUAAGACCCACGACGAGUUUUGUCAAUCGUCUUCUCUUGAUGCAUGUAUCGUGUGGGCGUUUGGAUAUUACACGCAACAUGUUCGAUAAAAUGCCUCAAAGAGAUUUUCAUUCUUGGGCAAUUGUUGUUCUUGGCUGUAUUGAAAUGGGUGAUUACAAAGACGCUGCUUUGCUAUUUGUUGCUAUGUUGAAACACCAGAAUCAUGCUUCGAAGAUUCAGCCUUGGAUCAUGGGAUGCGUUUUGAAAGCGUGCGCGAUGAUUGGAGAUUUGGCAUUAGGGAAACAGGUUCAUGGCUUGUGUCAGAAGCUUGGGUUUAUAGAUGACGAAGAUUCAUAUCUCUCGGGUUCCUUGAUACGUUUUUACGGAGAGUUCAGGUGUUUGGAAGACGCCAAUCUUGUGCUAAGCCAGCUCUCCAAUGCUGACUCCGUUGUUUGGGAUGCAAAGGUUACUAACGAUUACAGAGAAGGGCGGUUUCGAGAAGUAAUCCGUGAUUUCAUUGAAAUGGGUAAGCACGGGAUCAAGAAGAACGUCUCGGUCUUCUCUAAAGUUUUAAAAGCAUGCACAUGGGUCAGUGACGGCGGGAGAAGCGGGCAAGGAAUGCACGCGAUUGCCAUAAAGCUUGGGUUUGAUUUGGAUUGUUUGAUCCGAUGUCGGUUAAUUGAGAUGUAUGGGAAGUAUGGUAAGGUAAAAGACGCAGAAAAGGCGUUCAAGAGUAGGAAAGACGAAACAAGUGAUAGUUGCUGGAACGCUAUGGCGGCUUGUUAUAUGCAGAAUGGGUUUUACAUUGAAGCUAUUAAGCUUUUCUAUCAGAUGAAAGCAACUGGUAUUAAAGCAGAGGACAGGCUUUUGAAUGAAGUCAAUCUCAAGUCAACCUUCAUUUUAUGA